AUGGCUAAUUCACAUCGUAGCAGUAACGCUAUUGAGUCGCUACAUUCAGGUACUCAGGUGCUAUCUUCUCCUCUCAAACUACAAAACCAUAUUGUGCAUCAUUAUAAGACCCUUAUCAUAGAACCAGCUUGCUGGAGGCCGAAGCUUGAUGCCUUGUCCUUUGAGGCAAUUGACUCUCAGAGUAUGAGUGUUUUGGAGAGACCUUUUGAUGAAGAUGAGAUCUACAAGGUCAUCUCUGGUAUGGCUAAGGAUAAAGCAUCAAGCCCAGAUGAUUUUUCAAUGGGUUUCUUUCAAAGUUGUUGGGACAUCAUGACAGGUGAUGUUAUGCAGAAACACAAGGCUUCAAUUAUUGAGGAUUUUCGCCUUAUAAGCCUAUUAAGUGGUGUAUACAAGAUUAUUUCGAAGGUUCUUGCCAAUCGGUUAAGCCCUGUAUUGGAACAUAUUAUUUCCAAGCCUCAGAACGCAUUUCUUCGUAGGAGACAAAUUCUUGACUCAGUACUCAUUGCAAAUGAGUGCUUGGACCAUAGAUUGCGGGAGGGAGGUUCAGUUAUGGAGGCUUUUAGCCAGAUGGUGCAAGCCGCUGUUGGUGGAGGUUUCUUACAUGGUUUCCAGUGUCAAGGCUUAAGUGAAUCUUGGUACGUCCAAGAUGGUUCCGGUGGGUGUGGUCUCAAAUAUCCUCAGUUUAGCAAGCCUUUUGGAUUGUAA